GUUAACGCAUACAAAAAGAAAAAAUAAAGGUGAUUCUUUGAGAUAUUCUGUGAUUGAUUUUGUUCCAAAUUCUAAAAAGUCCGUAGAAAGUAGUAGUUGGGAAUUGGGAUGGGUGAAUCUGAAUCUGAAUCGAUGAAGAUGAAGAUGAUCAUCGAUACAGACCCUGGAAUCGAUGAUGCGAUGGCAAUAUUUGUGGCCCUGAGGUGUCCCGAAAUUGAAGUGGUUGGACUUACCACUAUCUACGGCAACGUUUAUACCACUCUCGCCACCCGAAACGCCUUGCAUUUGUUGGAGAUUGCUGGGAGAAGUGAUAUCCCUGUAGCUGAAGGAUCUCAUGUCACAAUCACUAAAGGUACAAAGCUCCGGAUUGCUGAUUUUGUUCAUGGUGCGGAUGGACUUGGCAACCAAAAUUUCCCUCCGCCUAAGGGCAAGCCUAUCCAACAGUCCGCUGCUGCUUUUCUGGUCGAACAAGCAAACCUUCACCCUGGAAAACUCACUGUUGUAGCCUUGGGUCCACUUACUAAUAUUGCAUUGGCUAUUCAACUGGAUCCGGAUUUUGCCCAAAAUAUUGGGCGGAUUGUUGUUCUGGGUGGUGCCUUUGCAGUGAAUGGGAAUGUAAAUCCAGCUGCAGAGGCCAACAUAUUUGGGGAUCCGGAUGCUGCAGAUAUCGUAUUCACCAGUGGGGCAGAUGUGUUGGUUGUAGGGAUAAAUGUUACUCAUCAAGUCGUUCUCACAGAUGCGCAUCGAGAAGUGUUGGCAAGUUCAAAUGGAAAGUUUGCUGAGUACUUGUGUAAAAUUUUAGAGGUCUACUUUUCGUAUCAUCAGUAUGCCUAUAGCACAGGAGGCGUUUACCUUCACGACCCGACGGCCCUUCUUGCAGCUGUAUAUCCUGAUCUAGUCACUUACACGGAGGGUGUUGUGAGGGUCCAGACCGAUGGCAUCACAAGAGGGCUCACUGUUUUGUAUAACAAGCAGAAAAGGUUCGGUGAAGUUACAGAAUGGUCGGAUAAACCAACAGUGAAGGUGGCCGUCACGGUUGAUGCUCCGGCUGUUGUCAAACUUGUGAUGGAACGUCUCUUAGACUCCUAGUCAUCAUAUAUAUCAAUCAUCAUUUUCAUUUCAUGCAUGCCUUUCGUUUCAUUUCUGUGGACCAACCUUGUUUUCCUUUUAAUAAUAAGUUUCGAUGCUUUUGAGCUUAA